UCCGGGGCCGGUCCGUGCCGAGCGGGGGUGGCCGGGAAGCGUUGGAGUCAGGCACCACUGCUGGGCGGUGGGCAGCGGAGCGGAGCUGGACGGGGCGCGGCACGGCACGGCGAGGCAGCCGUAGUCAUCCCGGCGUGGCGGGCAGCGGAGCGGGAACAUGGCGAGCGUAGGAAACGGCACGGAGGAGAGCGGCGGCGGCGAGGAGCUUUCCAGCGGGCACGGCAAGGAAGUGGUGUGAAGUAGCACAUCUACAUCGAAGUUGAGGGGCAAACUAUUGCAGCAGCACAGAUGAGGAAAGGACCGUGAGAAAACUAGGAAAACUUUGAAGAUGCCUUUGAAAACAUCCCUGUGGCAUCUAAGAUGGAUCUCAAGUGUGCUCUGGAAGAAUGUUCGAUGGCACUGAACUUAUUUCUAAACAAUAAGUUCUCUGAAGCCCUGGAAGUACUUCGUCCAUGGUCUAAGGAUAGUAUGUAUCAUGCCCUUGGGUACAGCACUAUUUUAGUUAUGCAAGCUGCUAUGACCUUUGAACCGCAGGAUAUACAAAUGGGAAUUUCUACAAUGAAAGAAGCUUUGCAAACCUGCCAAAGAUUCAGGAAGAGAAGCACAGUGGUUGAAUCCUUGUCCAAUCUAAUUUCUAAACAGUCAGUGGAUCAGCUGAGUGAAGAGGAAAUGCAUGCUGAAAUCUGCUAUGCUGAAUGCUUACUACAGAAAGCGGCUCUCACUUUCGUACAGGAUGAAAAUAUGAUCAACUUUAUCAAAGGUGGCCUCAAAAUUAGGACCAGCUACCAAAUAUACAAAGAGUGUCAUCAGGUGCUACAGAUGACUCAGGGGAACAAAAGCAAGAAUGAAACCUAUUACCAGUUUGAAGGAGGAGUAAAACUUGGAAUUGGAGCAUUCAACUUGAUGCUGUCGCUUUUACCAGGAAGGAUCCUCCGACUUUUAGAAUUUAUUGGAUUUUCUGGCAAUAGGGAGUUGGGCCUCUGUCAACUACGGGAAGGCGCAUCUGGCAGCAGUUUGAGGGCCAUUCUGUGUACUUUCACCCUGUUGGUUUAUCAUACUUACGUCUCCUUAAUCCUUGGUACAGGGGAAGCUAACCUUCAGGAAGCAGACAGUCUCCUUGAACCCUACCUCCAGAAAUUUCCAAAUGGUUCCAUUAUUCUGUUUUAUGCUGCCAGAAUAGAUAUACUGAAAGGAAAUUUUGAAAAGGCACAGUUGAGGUUCCAAGAAUGCAUUGCAGCCCAGCAAGAGUGGAAACAGAUUCAUCAUCUCUGUUACUGGGAGCUGAUGUGGUGCUACACCUUCCAACAGAAUUGGCUUCAAGCAUAUCGGUAUGCAGACCUGCUCAGCAAAGAGAGCAGGUGGUCUAAGGCAAUAUAUGUAUUCCAGAAGGCAGCAAUUCUGUGUAUGCUUCCAGAGGAUGAUUUGGAAAGGACUGGUGAGAACAUUGUAUCUUUAUUCAGACAAGUGGAUGGUCUAAAACAGAGGAUUGCAGGAAAAUCUAUCCCAACUGAGAAGUUUGCAGUAAGGAAAGCUCGACGCUAUGCAAGUUCUCAACCAGUGAAGCUGAUUUUACCUGCCUUGGAAAUGAUGUAUGUCUGGAAUGGCUUUGCAAUUGUGGGCAAAAGAGCAGACCUCACCGAAAACUUACUAGUAACAGUUGAAAAAGAGGAAACCGCGUUACAAAAUGAAACUAAUCACAGUGAAUACUAUAUGGAUGAUGUGUGCAUGUUGCAGUUACUGAAGGGCCUCUGCCUGAAACACUUGGGAAGACUCAUGCAAGCUGAACUGUGUUUCAGUAAAGUAAUUCAAAGUGAGAAGCAAAUAAAAUAUGAUAAUUAUUUGGUGCCGUUCACCCUGUAUGAGUUGGGUCUUCUGUACAAACAGCAGGAUGAGAGAGAAAAAGCAAUCAGAUACAUAGAAACUGCAAAAAACAACUACAAAGAAUACUCUAUGGAGUCCAGGUUGCACUUCCGAAUUCAUGCAGCACUUGACAGCUUGAAGGUGUCACCUGCUUCAACACCUUGAAUGAGGAGAGAUGCUUUUCAUGCAUACAAUGCAUACAGUAGCCUACACAAUCUUUUUCCAAUCAUCCCUCUUUUCUGUCAUCCCUGAUUUGAUGUAUGUCAUUCCUUUAGACUGUUCUUUUCCUGUACAGCACAUAUAAUAUAUCUACUUGAUACUUUAAAGAAGACCUUAUAUUUUGUUUGAUAAAAAUAAUUCAAUAUUUGGCUUGAAUGGGGGAUAUUUUAAAACAGUUGAUGGUGCAAUAACUUUAUUUUUUUAUAUGAAAACAAAUGCUGAUUAUGCAGCAGAACUGCUGAUAAUUUUGUGCAUUUUUUUAAAAUUUAAUUUUCUGCAGUACGCUUGAGACCUUUUUGCCUCUGGGACAAAAAUGCAAUGUCCACAGAUAACCAUACCCAUGUAUGGCAUACCAUAUUCUGAAAUGUGUUCCGGAGAAAAAAAAUCAUCAUCGUUGACUUAAUUUCAUUUUGGGAACAAAAUGAACCUGUCUGAAGUGCAAUAUUUUUACACUGUCAGAUGAAGUUAAGCAGGGCUACAGGUAUAAUGUCUUUGCAGGUCCAUUUCACUCAAAUAAGUGGUUACAGGGGAUAUUUUUCAGUCAUAGAAAAGCAGGGCUACUAGGGACAUUAAGAGAUCAUGUAUACUGUAUUCUUGCCCAAAGCAGAAUCAACAGUCUUAUGUCCUUCCUGACAGACUUGUUUAAACUGUUGUGUAUUGUUUUGUUUUGUUUUGUUUUGUUUUUUUAAAAGAAACUUGCACUGAGAGAGAUUUUGUAACUUACACAGGAUGUCAUUCCCAGUGGGGAAAAAAACUGAGAAAUUUUUCCUGAUGUUUACCCCAAGUAAUUCUUGGCAGAAGUAAAACUGAUUGCUUCCUGUCUUCCCUGUCAUGGGUCUGGAGAAAGGAUUGUUGCUUUCCUUUUUUGAAGCAGUCUUUUAAUAUUUGAAGACACCCCCCCUUGUUGGUAUUCUCUGUUACUGUAUUCCAACAAGGAUAAAUAAAAUCUUGCAGAAUUUAUUUAUUUUCCUAAUAACAGGAAGAGCGCAUAUUAAUGCAAGUUUAUUGUGCAAAAAGUGAAUCUACUUUUAAACUUGGGAGUUAAGAAAAUGUGCAUAUUCGAAUUACAACUUCCUACUUUGUACUAAAAAUAUGUAGCAAAAUUGAGAUACAUUUGUAAGUGCAUGUAUUUUUAUUUUCACAUUAAUAUGUGAACAGCAGUAUCAAACUGAGUUUCCCAAUUAAUUAUAUAUUCUGCUGUCUUAAAAAUAAGAAUAUACUUGAUUUUUAUUUAAGUAUACACCCGAUAAUUGUUCUUUCACUAAUUAUUGCAAACCUUGUCCAUUUCCAUAUUUUAUUAAUGCCAGUAUACUCAAUUCUGCACAGUAAAUUAAUAAUAACUAUGCUCCUAUAUGUGAUUCUCUGCCCUUAACUCCCACCCAAAAAAAAACCCCAAACAAACAAAAAAAAAAACCCAGAACAAAAGAAAUAGGAGAAAAAAUGUCUUCAGUAAAUGAGUAACUGGAAGUUUCUAAUUAAACAGCCAAUAUAAUGUAAAUGCUAUAGUUAGUCUUCUCAGGUGACUGAUAGCACAGCUUUCUACUAUGACUUCAUGAAUGAGUCAUUUAAUUGCAUAUAGAUCUGUAAUACAGUGGCAUACUUACAAAUUAAGUAAGAAUUUUAAAAAUACUAGGUAAAUAAACAUAAUGGGUCUUUCAAAGUGGAAACCUAAUCCAAAAUCUUUUGUCUUCACUGGUUUGGAUUUGUGCCUAUUGUAAAUGCAUAACUGAAUUACUGUGUAAAAUCAUACACUUGUAGGUUUGAAGCUUAGAUACCUGAGACACUGAAUCACUGAUAAAAUGCAGCAUGCUUAUUUUAAAAUAUAUUCUAUUGAUUGUAGCUAAAGUACAAAAGAUAUUUUUCUCUGUCAAUGGAGAUACCAUAUGCUACCAGCUGACUUCUCGAAUUACUUGCCCAUUUAUACAUAUCUGAUUAUAGGCUGUAGGCAGCAAAAAAUAAAAUGCUGUAUAUUAUAUUUUCAGACAAUACUUUUAAUACCUCUUUGGGUAUUUACAUGUUCUGUUCAGGAUUGUUGUGGUUUAAUCUGAUUAUUGAAUUGCAGCAACAAAAUGGGACCACUUCAUUUUCUUGUGAAAGGUGGUGAAAACAUUUGCCAGUAAAUCUUUUAAUAAUCUGUGUUUCAAAUAGUAAUUCACACCACAGAAGAGUUAGAACUGGGACUACAGACUCUUAGGAUGGAGCAUGAAGUAGUCGCUGUUCUCUUGUUUUUGUGGGGAGUGUCUUACAGUUAAUAUUUUAUGGGUGAUUUGGGAUAGAAAUAAAAAUUAACAAAAAGUAAACAGUGAGCUUCCUUAGAAGCUGAUUUUUGGGAAGUUUAGAGCAAAGCAUAGUGUAGCACUAUUUUUUUUUUCAUGGAUAAUGAUACUGACUGCAGAAAGAGUAGAAAAUAACUCUGUUUUCUUCAGUUCAACCUUCUAAAAUCAAUAUUAACACCCUGUGUAUGUUACACUUUGUCUCUUUCGGGAUCAGCCUUUUUGCACCCAUUUAGAGAACAGGCACAUCAACACAAAAGUUGUGAUAUCCUCUGUAGCGUUUUGAUGCCCUGAGGUCCCCAGCGUGAGUACUAUUUACACCUUGUCUCCUUUUCGGUGCUGCUGUUCCAAACUUGCUUGUUAGAAAGCCCUAUUGAUCAAGAUGCUUAGCUUUUUUCUGGCUUUGUUUCCCAACUUGUUAACAGUGGAAAUACAAAUGUGUGAGAGUGAUUUGUAACCCUUCACUUAAGGUAGGUCUCAGUAGAGCUGUAGAGAUGCUUUGUCUUCCAAACACUGCAGAAGAAGCGCAUGUCUCCCCAACAGAAUGCGCCACUGAUGCAGUAUUAUUUAGUACAUUAUGUCUAACUUAAGUGAUUUGUUGUAAGGAGUUCAGAUGAAAAGCCUAUGGCUUUUUCUUUACCUACUGUAUUCUGUACUGGGCCUUAAAUACAACUCCGAUUUAGUCUUACUGCUCUUUAUAAUCUUCACCUCACUUGCUUGUGUACCGUGGGAAUUUUAAAUAACGUGCUGAAACUUUGAAACUGAGCAACGCUGAGCAUUUACCUGUGAUGCUAUAACCUCCAUUGAUAAUAAUAGGAUUUAUAGUAUAUAAAAGAGCAAAGCUAAGUUCUUAUUUUAAGCAAGCAAGGCUAAACUUACAUAGUUAUGACAAAAGGUCAUUCUGAUCUUUCUGAUUAUAGUACAAUUUUUUUUAAGGUGAGGAAUAAUAAGGUGGCCUGGUUAAAAGACAAAGCUUCUCUUUGAUUAAGAAUUGUCUACUUAGAAAAUCUUACAGAAAAACUUCUUGUCUGUGCAUAUCAUUCAAAUGUUCAGUCUGUUGGUGAAAGAUUGUUGUAUUAGAGUUUUAAAGUCCUAGUUCACCACUUUUUAACAAAAAUUGAAAGAAAAUACAUGUUAAAAGAAAGCUGUUUAAAGAUUGUUUUAUAUGUUCUAAUACACAUGGGUAGCAGCUGUAUUUAGCAUCUUACAGCCAGAAAAAUGAACAAUAAUCAGAUCCUGUUACGUUUCUAAAACACCUUGCCAACUAAUGUAUAAAAGAAGUAAUUUCUUGUAACAAAUCCAACUUAGACUUUGCAAUUAUUUUAUUACUAAUCAAUAUUUAAUCUUUUAUUCCUGUAUAAUCUUAAAAUGCAUAGUUUAACAAAGAAUGUUUAUAUUUGCACUGGU